GUAAUAUCAUUUCCUUAUAUUGAUUUUAUUAAUAAAUUUAAUAUUUUCUAUAAUUCCUACCGUAUAUUAAUAGGAUAUUAUUUUACCCCGGCGGACUUAUCAAUAGAAGAACACAUAAAACCCGGCAACGUCUUUCCUCUACUACUUAGACCUUAUAAUUCUAAUUUCAACGAUAUUAUUAAAAUAUUAAUAAUAAUAACACAUUUAAAUAAAGGGAUAAUUAUAAAUUUGCCUAAAAAAACCAUCGAUUCUAAAAAUAAUAAAAUUAGGCUAUAUAUAUUUCCCAUCUACUAUACUAGUAAUAUAUUAUAA